UGUUGAUGCCCGGUCAUGACUCUCGCGAUGUUUGGUUGCCCCGUUACACGUCACUUGCGGCCGGGGAGAUGGCGGAGCGGCGCAAACAGAAGAAGCGGAGUCAGGAGGUGGGAGAACCAACUAAAGAGGAGAAAGCAGUGGCCAAGUACUUGCGCUUCAAUUGCCCGACUAAGUCGACCACCAUGAUGGGCCACAGGGUUGAUUAUUUCAUUGCUUCCAAAGCAGUGGACUGCUUGCUGGAUUCAAAAUGGGCAAAAUCAAAGAAAGGAGAGGAAGCAGUCUUUACAACCCGAGAAUCAGUGGUUGAAUACUGCAACAGGCUCCUGAAGAAACAGUUCUUCCACCGUGCAUUGAAAGUGAUGAAAAAGAAGUCUGAGAAGGAGAUCAAAAAAGAGAAAGGGAAAAAUGAUAGUAGCAAAGAUGAGGAAAAGAAGAGCAAGAAAGAAAUCUCAAAGGAUGAGAAGAGUAAGAAAGAGAAAAAAAAAGAUGGUGAGAAGGAAGAAACCAAGAAGGAGAAAAAGGAUGAAGGUCCAGGAACACCAAAGAAAAAGAAAGAGACAAAAAGAAAAUUUAAGUUGGAACCACACAACGAUCAGCUUUUCCUUGAUGGAAAUGAGGUAUACGUGUGGAUAUAUGAUCCUGUUCAUUUUAAGACAUUUGCAAUGGGACUGAUAUUAGUCAUUGCAGUGAUUGCCGCUACACUGUUUCCCCUUUGGCCUGCAGAAAUGCGAGUAGGUGUUUACUAUCUUAGUGUUGCAGCAGGCUGUUUUGUUGCCAGUAUCCUCCUCCUCGCUGUGGGUGAGUAAAGAUUCAUGUUUGUAGAAUUUGUAUCUGAAGAAGAGUUUCUGAUUCAUUUUAAAGGUUGAGUAGAUUUUACUAUAUCCAAAUAAAAACUGUCAAACAAAUAAAGGAAUGUCAAAGUUCAUUACAUUUCUUUCAUAAAAAAAUUUGCUGACUUGUAUCCAAGUCAAGGUAAAGAAUUCUCCCAUGCCUAUGUUCCCUCUCUUUAUGCAAUCACCUACAACUCUCCAAGAUAUCUCCAUCCUUCCAUUCUGGUCGGUUGGGCUGCCCUGGUCUUAAUCACAGCACCAUUGGUGAUUGAGCCUGCAGCCAAUUGACCUAUGGAAAUACCUCCACUGCCUAGAGGAAUAUCAGCAUUUCCAUCAUCCUUAGAAGUACUUCUUUUGACUAGAUCACUGCUUAACUGUCUUAAUAUCUCCAGUUCCAAAGAAAGUCAUAUUAAACUUGAAAAAUUAAUUUUGUGUAUCUCCACAGAUGCUGCCAGACUUACCCUGAGUUUUUCCAGUGCUUUCUAUUUUCAUUUUUAUCUCAUGUGGCAGCCACCAAAUUUUGUUUGAUAGCAAUCCAAGCACCUUGAAUUAUUUGAAUAAAUUGAGCACUAUAUGAAUACAAAUUGUCAGUGUACUUCCCUAUCCUUUUGUUUUCCUGACAUUGUGCUGCAUUUAAUCCAAGCUGCUUUCAUACUUUGUUCUGUCCACAUCCUUACUGCCAUGAUACCUGGUUCUAUCCAUUCAGUACUUGGUUUCACUCUCACACUGCUGCCUCAUUGUGCCCAUUCCUGCUGCCAUGACAUCUUAAAAUUUCAUCUGUCACUUUACUGCUGACCUGACGGGAAGGUGUUGUCAAUGCAAGACCAUAGUCCAAGGCUUAAAAGAGGACCUGUCAGAACAGUGCAUAAUCUGGAAAAAUUGUCACAACUCAUUGAGAUGGUGUGCUGAAAAUCAAGCCCCACUAUUCUCGAAGUCAUCACACUGUGAUGGGUUGGUUUCACAAUCCUUGGUCUGGGGUCUUUUUCCCUUAGGCUUUGGAAUUAUCUGUUACAGUAUCUAAGAUUUGAAUCUUCCUGCUCUUUCAAUAGAAAAUUGGAGAGAGCAACUUAAUAGGGAAAGGGAAGUGAGAAAGAUAUAGAUACAACCAAC